AAACAUUUCGGGUCAUGUGACCACUUAGGAACCUGGAGCUAGCUGCAAGGAGCAUCAGCUGUGACGCUACCUAGGUUCUUCUAAAGGCAUUUUCUGCUAAAAGGCUUAGUAGUAUGUUAAGCCUGGAAUGAGAAUAAACAAAUAUCGUCCCAGGCUUCGACUCGGCAACCUGCAUUCUGCGCUGUGUUUUGAUGUUAUCCUCGCUCGGAAUGUGACUGCAUCUUCAUUUUUGAUUAAGCCAAAAUGAGUGUCCAAGCACAAGAAGACGACUUGAACACCAGUGCAGCAUCACAGUCAGAAGCACCACUUCUUCCAGCAUCAGUGGCAGAGGUUAUAGACCGAUCUGAUCCCAUCGUGCACAGCUGUCCUUCAAGUGCAUGCAUAACUCCACUCCCAGUCAAGAAGCUUAAUCCACCUGAUUCAGAUACUGGAACAGAUUUGCUGCCUGUAUGUCGGAUAUGUCAAUUGCCAGGUGACAAGGACGAUUUUCUGUUUUCACCAUGCCGAUGUUCAGGCACGAUGAUGUUUGUACACUACCUAUGUCUUUUGAAAUGGAUAGAAGUGUCAUCUCGGAGGACAAAAAAAACACCUAAAUGUGAACUUUGUCAUUUCCAGUAUAUUCGCCACAAAAGGUUCAAGGUAAUUCUGAUCGUAAAGAUUGUUUAGUGAAGCAGUAAGGUU